AAGUCCAGCGGCCAUUACAGAUUUGACCUUGGGGCUUUGUUUGACUGUCGGUCUAUAGUAAUUAUUCAUGGCGAAGCAUCAAAGUGUGUGCAGAAGACGUACUCUGUCAUUGGCUGAUGUUCCAGAUUGUCGCAAGAACAAUCGUGUAAAUUCAACGGACAAUCAUGAGAUCGAUUUUUCAAAGACAUUUGCGCGUAAUAUGGUGCGUCGUCCUUCUUUCUCCAUAUCUGAUGAUCAUCAAAGUACCUCUACCGAACUAUCAUGCUUUCCACUUCAAAAUGUACUAGAAGAGACAAAUCUUCAGUUUAAAAAUGCUCGUGAACCUAUUGAGCUACCGAGUUUAUCGAAGUCUGAUGCAAGCCCAUAUACCACGUCAUUGUUCGAAUCAAAUUCUGCUAAUCCACUACUCGAUAUUAUGCAUACAUGUAAAAUGCACAAUACUUCACCAAGCUGUAUAAGUUCAUCGCCCUUGAAGAAUGUGGAUUACCUGUCUCCUUCAUCACUAUUGUCCUCAGCUUUAAUCAAGUUGUACUUAUCAAGGGGUACUGUAUAUUCGUCUAACAAUGCAUUGAAAAGUCAUCUCAGUUCAGGAAGUGAAGAAGCCAAAUUUCAUUGUACUAAUUGUCAGAAUCUUGUUGGCCUACCUGGCUGUUUACAAAUUGCCUCAAAUCUGUUAGCCUCUAUGGUUAUGCCUGUGAAACAUUUCAUUGGAGUUUAUUCAAACAACAACAAUAAUAAUAAUAGCAAAAAUAAGAAGUUAAAUUUGGGAAACGUGUAUUCAUCCAAUGGUAUCUUUAAUGUAUCUUCAUUUGUCUCAUCGUGUCAUAGUGACAAGGAUGUGUAUACAGAUGUCAGUUAUUCAAGUAGUGCUGAAUCUGUAAGUACAUGGGAGGAUGCUUCAAAUGUUUCAAAGGCCGGUUACUACUCAGAUAAUUAUCUUAUUGGAGCUGCCAAUCAGGUGAAAAAAUGCGAUGUUUAUAGACGGUGUUUGGAGAUGAAACUUCGGCAUACACCAUCUCCUGCCCAAAUUCCUACAUUUACAGAUGGAAAUUUGAGGUUGACUUCUGCUGCAUAUAUCGGUAGUGCUAGUCAUCGUCAACACCCUCAUAGUCAUCAUCAUUACCAUCGGUAUCAUCACCAUCAUCAUCAUCAGGCGCAUCAUUGUAAACUUGCAUUAACAGAUAUUUAUGCAGGUCUGAAGUCCUCCUCGUCGAUGUCUGGUAAAGAUGGAAAAUCUUCAACGAAUUUUCCAUCAUCUACAUCUCAUGAUACUACUAGUCGUAAUAAUAACAACAAUGUCGACGUGAAGUCCAAUUCCACAAACAGUAAUUCUAUUACCAGUCAAUCAAGUAUACUGUCUGCAUAUGAACACUCUCUCAGUUCUUCUAGUGCGCUAGAACGUUUAUGCAGUUUAUGGAUAAAUUUAAAACCAGAUAUUAUAGAAGAGGAGAAAUUUUAUUAUAUGGAUGAAAAAUCUCUGGAACGACGUGUGAAUGCACAAGCAUCGAAUAUCAUUUCACCUGUAUCCUUCUGACUAUAUUUUCUUUUCUUUCUUUUUUCAUACACUGGUGUGUUACAUUUUUGUAUUUGAAUCGGGUGUUUUCAAAAACGAAUUUUAUUGGGUUUUUUCAAUAUGCAUUGUGUAAUUGCAAACAUGUGCAAUCUUUUAAGAAUGCAUAUAUAUAUGUAUAUGUAUUGAAAAAGAAUGUGAUAACAAACAGAAAAGGGAUAAACAGUCUAGAUCGGUUUUCGAUCUUAUUGUACAACACAUUACACUUAAUUUGCUUGACUUCCGUAGACCAACCAAUAUGGAGUAGAAGAACCGAGGGAAAAGAAAUUGAUGUUCAGUAGCAUGCAUACACUUGUUUCUGUGAAUUCUACCCCUCGUGUGUGUGUGUGUUGUUGUUGGUGGUGGUAACUGUGCAUUGUCGAAGAACCUUGCUGUUAUUAUUAUUACUUAUUUACUAUUUUUUCCUUUACGUUCCCACUGGAACAUAGGGCUUCAAGCUAGAGACUUGAAGUUUCGGUAUAUAUGUUUACGGGAUGGAGUUGUUAGCUUCAUGCCCAACUUUCUCUCCUAACCAGUUUUAUUUAUUGGCUUUGCUAGGUGAAGGAGUGCGUCGGUGACCGGGGAUCGAACGCCGAACCACCUGCAUGGUUGGCGAGCAAUCUACCGCAAUGCCACCGACGCACAAGAAGAAUCUGGUACUUCUUAUUUACAAUAGUUCUUCUAGCUAUUUGUUGACAGUUGUUCAUAGCGAAAAAUCAUAAUUGAAGCAAAUCUUAUUUGCAUGCAAAUCCAAAAAAAACUUUUGCUUGAUUUCUGUGUCUUGUUUCGUUUUAGUUUAAUAUUUUGUUGAUAUUGAUCUCUCUGUUUUUUUCUUUUGCGUUCAUUCCCAUCUUUUGAUUGUCUUCGGUGUAAUGUCACCUUUUUGUGUUGUUGUUGUUGAAAAAAAAAUGAUGUUCGACUCAAAUUUAAUUUUUGGUUUUACGACGGUAUCUAAAGCCUAAAUUAAUUCCAACAUUUCAUUCAUGUGUAUACUCUCUACAUUAGCUAAUAUCUGUCCUUGUGGUAAUUAGAAUGUGUCUUUUCUCUCUCUCGAAUAUCUCCAGCCUUUCAUUGUAUACUGGCCAUCUGUGUGUACGUAAAUUAAUAUUUCUAUGAAUGAUAUAGUUGUAAAUAUAUACGAUCAAAACACUAUCUUUUGAAUACUUCUUUCUUUUGUUUCUGUAUGUGUAGUUUGUAGAUUCGCAGUGAAUAUAAGAUAAAGUCGUCUGCCCAACUGUUUC